CGCCACCAGAUAGUAUGAAAACAUGGCGGCGAACCGCGGUGUCUUGUGUAGUACGCUUAAUCCCAAGUUUCUUCAUACCAACUCCACCAGCCACACCUCGCCAUUCAGUGCCAUAGCAGAGCUCAUAGACAAUGCCUAUGAUCCAGAUGUCAAUGCCAAACAGUUCUGGAUUGAUAAAACUGUGGUUAAAGGACAAGAAUGCCUCAUUUUUAUGGAUAAUGGAAAUGGACUUGUCCAUGACACUAUGCAUAAGAUGCUCAGCUUUGGGUACAGUGACAAGACACCUAUAAAUGGUGUAGCACCAAUUGGUAUCUAUGGCAAUGGCUUCAAGUCUGGAUCCAUGCGUCUUGGCAAAGAUGCCAUCCUUUUUUCCAAGUCAGAGAGCACUUCAUGUGUUGGGAUGCUCUCUCAGACCUACCUUGCAAAGAUUGGUGCAGAUCAAAUAAUUGUACCAAUUGUCUGCUUUGAACAUACAGAAUCAAGAAAAUUGACUGUACGAGAGGAGCACAAAGUCAGUCUGGAAGAUAUCCUGCAAUAUUCCCCUUUCACAACGGAGGAAGAACUUCUCACUGAACUCGACCACAUCGGUCCCGCCUGGUCCACGGGAAAAACUGGCACACGGAUCAUCAUCUGGAAUCUUCGCAAGACAUCAACUGGAAAAUUAGAGUAUGAUUUCGUCAAGGACCGUUAUGAUAUUCGAGUUCCAUCAGACGUCUAUGAAGGAGUGAGUGACGCUUCUCCAGGCAUGGUCUCAUCGUACAUCCCUGAGAGUGUUUACUCGCUGCAGGCAUAUUGCAGAAUCUUGUACCUGAAGCCUCGAAUGCAGAUCAUCAUACGUGGUCAUAAGGUGCAAACUAAGCUCAUCACCAAGAGUCUUGCCUCACGCAGAACGGACCACUACAAGCCAGUUUUUUUGAACAAACGCAUACCCAUUCAUUUUGGGUAUAAUACCAUGAGCAAAGACCAGUACGGCAUUAUGAUGUAUCACAAGAAUCGUCUCAUCAAAGCUUACGAACGUGUAGGCUGUCAGCUUAAGGCAAACAGGCAAGGUGUCGGGGUCAUUGGUGUAAUAGAGUGUAACUUUCUUGAUCCUACCCACAAUAAACAGAGCUUCAAUGAGACCGAUAAGUACAGGAAUACUAUGAACAGUUUGGGGGUUAAACUGGAGGAGUACUGGAAAGAAAUCCAACACAUCCGCAAGAAAGAUAACCCAGACAGCAAUACUCCAGUGGAGGAUACUGAAAAGCGACCAGAUCAAAUCUGGGUGCAGUGUGACACCUGUUUAAAAUGGCGCAAACUCUCUGAUGGGAUCGACUGCAACAAGCUACCAGAUAAAUGGUUCUGUCAUAUGAACCCUGAUCCCCAAUUCAGGAGCUGUGCGAUAGAAGCAGAGCUAGAGGACUCUGAUGAUGAUCAGCCCUCAUACUAUAAAACCUACAAACAAGAAGAAAGGCAGAAGAAAAAGCAAGAAGAGAUGAAAAGACAACAAGAAGAGGAUGCUAAAAAGCAGCAGGAAAUGCGGCGUUUGCUUGCCAAGCAAUCCAAAUCUCUUCAGCAACCACGGAAGCAGCAACUGCGUCAAACUUCUGCCCCUCCCACUACCCCAAGGCAUAUGAUUAAUGUUAAAUCACCACAAGGGGGUGCUGUCAGGGCUUCAUCCUCUCCACUGAGUUCUUCCACCAUUUCACAAGCUGCUUGCAGCCCCUCCAGUAGCAGUGGUCUUCCAGUUAUUUCUGACGUACGCUCUCUGUCAUCAUUAUGCUCCCCGAGUGUUAAAAGAACACACCCAGUAACUCCACAAGAAACACCUAAAAGACCACGGGUAAACGGCUUCAGUCGGGUCAACUCUGAAGUAAGCUCAUCAGUGAAUUUGAGCCCACUGUGCUCACCAUCGGUGCCUGUUGUUGAGGAGGAGGAUGACGAUAUCUUCAUCUUGGAAAACGGCCGUAUGUCCAAGCCAAAGCAGCUGUGCUUUACUUCGAUUAAAGUGAAAAGUGAAGAGGAGCCAAAUGAUGCGGAUGUGUGCAUGGUAAUGGAGGGCAGUGAUGAUGCUGCUGUGGAAAUUUCCUCUGAGAAAAAUGCAGCCGGAACGAGCUCUACGAGGUGUGACGCCGUUCAUCCUCAUGAAGUACAAACCAGCAUCUGCACCCAGACGGAGGCACCCACAAUGAAGAAGGAAGAGGAGGAUCAAAGUCAAACCACAGUCAAUGUGAGAGCAGAGGUGAGUCAAGUGGAUACUGGUGUCUGCACCUCUGAUCAAAGAGUAAUUAAGCAAGAAAGUGUGAGUCAAAAAGAGCAGAUCUCGCAGAACGUGACACAUCAGAUGGAGAGUGAUGAAGCUGCAGGUCCUUCCUGCGCAGAUCACCUGCCUAAUUCUACUGAGGCACACAAACAACAGAGUGAAGUUGUAGAGCUCAUGCAGAAGACCGCUCAAGAGCGAGACCGUUUGAAAGAAAAGGUGGAUGAGCUAACCUGCCAGUUACAAGCAAUGCAAAGCAGAGUGCAGGAGCUGUCUGAAACCAAUGUAAAGAAGGAGUACUCUCCCAAGGCCUGCCAGACGGUGGAGAGAGAGGACGCAGAGGAAGGAAACGACUACAAAAGUCUGUUUCUGAAGGCCAAAGAUAAAGUGGAUCAAUUGAUUAAGGAUAAAGAUGCUUUAUUGGCAGAAGCUGAGACAAUGAGGAGUAAAAUUCAAGCUGAGAAAAGUGAGGCAGAUGACAUUGUGCUGCAAGUUGACAAUUUGAUGCGGGAACUGGAUCAAAGAACCAGUGAAAGAGAUCAACUGAGCUCGCAGUUGGACAGUGUGAAGGAGGAAAGAGCAAAUCUGUCCACCCAGUGUGAAGAGCUCAGGCUGAGCCUGCAGCAGCAGCAGAGGGAUGAAGCAGAAAGAGCAGCUGUCUCCAGCUCAAAUUCCAGCUCCGAUACAUUCAGAAGCUUGAUUGAGCUUCGGCAGAAUGUCGGGCGCCUUCUCGUCCCCUUUGUGCCUGCUCUGGAUCCUGGUCAGGUGAAUUUUGAGUGCAACGUAAUUGAUGAAAUCCUAGAACAGGUUCUGUCCAAUGACAACUUCCUCAGAAAUGUGGGGCCGAUUCAGUGACUCAUCAGAACCUUGACUGCACUCAAGUAUCCUUAUGAGAUGGGAAGAUGAAUGUUUGUAAAUGAAGUGAAUGUGCACUUUUUUUUUUUUUUUACAGAUUUAUAUGUGCAGUAAAUGUAGAACGCUAUCAGCUGCUUUUCAUUACAAUUUUCGAAAUGGCAAUAACAAAUUUACUUAAUUGUUUUUGAGUUGCAUGAACAGAAAGGUACUAAAAAAAAAGCUGUUGAUGUUUUGAAAAAUAGUCCUGGCUUUGGAAUGUUUCAGAAAGAGAGCUUUUUUGUAUGUAUGUAUUCUGUCUAUUAUUAUAUCCAUAACCAUGUAUAAAGUUGGGGUGAUAUUAAUGGAAUCACUUAACUAAAGUCAUGUACUUCCUACUUGAA